ACGCCGGUGAACUCAAGACUGAACGCUCUCUGACCGCAUCCGCAGCACACCAUGAGGGAAAUUGUUCAUCUGCAGGCUGGACAGUGUGGAAACCAGAUUGGGGCGAAGUUCUGGGAGGUGAUAAGUGAUGAGCAUGGCAUCGAUCCCACCGGUAGUUACCAAGGUGACAGUGACCUGCAACUGGAGAGGAUAAAUGUCUACUACAAUGAGGCAUCAGGGAGCACAGGCAGCAAAUAUGUCCCUCGUGCCAUUCUGGUCGACCUGGAGCCAGGAACCAUGGAUUCGGUACGCUCUGGCCCAUUCGGACAACUGUUCAGGCCUGACAACUUUGUCUUUGGUCAAAGUGGAGCAGGAAAUAACUGGGCCAAGGGUCACUACACUGAGGGAGCUGAGCUGGUGGACUCGGUAAUGGACGUGGUGAGGAAAGAGUCUGAGAACUGCGACUGCCUCCAGGGCUUUCAGCUCACCCACUCACUGGGUGGAGGCACAGGUUCAGGAAUGGGUACACUGCUCAUCAGCAAGAUCCGCGAGGAGUACCCCGACCGCAUCAUGAACACCUUCAGUGUCAUGCCUUCCCCAAAGGUGUCAGACACUGUGGUGGAGCCUUACAACGCCACUCUCUCUGUCCACCAGCUAGUGGAGAACACAGAUGAGACCUUCAGCAUUGACAAUGAGGCCCUGUACGAUAUUUGCUUCCGCACCCUGAAGCUGACCACACCUACCUACGGAGACCUCAACCACCUGGUUUCGGCCACCAUGAGUGGGGUGACCACCUGUCUCCGCUUCCCUGGCCAACUCAACGCUGACCUCCGUAAACUGGCUGUCAACAUGGUGCCCUUCCCCCGCUUGCAUUUCUUCAUGCCGGGCUUUGCGCCCCUCACAAGCAGGGGCAGUCAGCAGUAUCGUGCCCUCUCCGUGCCAGAGCUCACACAGCAAAUGUUCGAUGCCAAGAACAUGAUGGCUGCCUGUGACCCCCGCCAUGGACGCUACCUCACCGUGGCGGCCAUCUUCCGCGGCCGAAUGUCAAUGAAGGAAGUGGAUGAGCAGAUGUUGAAUGUGCAGAACAAGAACAGCAGCUACUUUGUUGAAUGGAUCCCCAACAAUGUCAAGACCGCCGUUUGUGACAUCCCUCCCCGUGGCCUCAAAAUGUCCGCCACCUUCAUUGGCAACAGCACGGCCAUCCAGGAGCUGUUCAGAAGGAUCUCUGAGCAGUUCACGGCCAUGUUCCGCCGAAAGGCCUUCCUCCACUGGUACACAGGUGAGGGAAUGGAUGAAAUGGAGUUCACUGAGGCUGAGAGCAACAUGAAUGACCUGGUGUCUGAGUACCAGCAGUACCAGGAUGCCACAGUUGAUGAGAUGGGCGAAUAUGACGAAGAUGAAAUAGAGGAUGAGGAGGAGGUCCGUCACGAUGUUCGCCACUGA